AUGGAUGUGAGAUUCUACCCCGCGGCGGCCGGGGACCCCGCCGGCCUGGACUUCGCGCAGUGUCUGGGGUACUACGGCUACAGCAAGUUUGGAAACAACAAUAACUACAUGAACAUGGCUGAGGCCAACAGUGCUUUCUUUGCAGCCAGUGAGCAGACAUUCCAUACGCCAAGCCUCGGGGAUGAGGAGUUUGAAAUCCCCCCUAUCACGCCUCCUCCAGAAUCAGACCCUGCCCUGGGCAUGCCCGAUGUUCUUCUACCCUUUCAAGGCCUCAGCGAUCCGUUGCCUUCCCAGGGAAGUGAAUUCACACCCCAGUUUCCCCCUCAAAGCCUGGAUCUUCCUUCCAUAACAAUCUCAAGAAAUCUCGUGGAACAAGAUGGCGUGCUUCAUAGCAGUGGGUUGCAUAUGGACCAGAGCCACACGCAAGUGCCCCAGUACCGUCAGGAUCACUCCUUGAUCAUGAGGUCCAUUGUCCACAUGACUGAUGCUGCUCGCUCUGGGAUCAUGCCUCCCACUCAGCUCACCACCAUCAACCAGUCUCAGCUCAGCGCCCAGUUGGGGUUAAAUCUGGGAGGCGCCAAUAUGCCUCACACGUCUCCUUCACCUCCAGCGAGCAAAUCAGCGACACCCUCCCCUUCCAGCUCCAUCAAUGAAGAGGAUGCUGAUGAAUCCAACAGAGCCAUUGGAGAGAAAAGAGCUGCUCCAGAUUCUGGCAAGAAGCCCAAGACUCCAAAGAAAAAGAAAAAGAAAGAUCCCAAUGAGCCCCAGAAGCCAGUGUCAGCAUAUGCCCUGUUUUUCAGAGACACACAGGCCGCAAUUAAAGGUCAAAACCCCAAUGCAACCUUUGGCGAGGUCUCGAAAAUCGUUGCAUCUAUGUGGGACAGCCUUGGAGAAGAACAAAAGCAGGUUUAUAAAAGGAAAACGGAAGCUGCCAAAAAAGAAUACCUGAAGGCCUUGGCUGCGUACAGGGCCAGCCUCGUUUCUAAGGCUGCUGCCGAAUCCGCAGAAGCCCAGACCAUUCGCUCCGUUCAGCAGACCCUGGCGUCCACCAAUCUGACAUCCUCGCUCCUUCUCAACCCUCCGCUGUCGCAGCACGGGACCGUAUCAGCCUCACCUCAGACUCUCCAGCAGUCGCUCCCCAGGUCCAUCGCCCCCAAACCCCUAACCAUGAGACUCCCCAUGAACCAGAUCGUCACGUCGGUCACCAUCGCCGCCAACAUGCCCUCGAACAUUGGGGCCCCGCUGAUAAGCUCCAUGGGGACGACCCUGGUGGGCUCGGCGUCCUCCGCCCAGGGGAGCCCUUCCGUGCAAACCCAGCAGCAGCACCUGCAGAGGCAGCAGCAGCAGCUCCAGCAGCACCAAAUGCAGCAGCAGCUCCAGCAGCAGAUGCAGCAGCAGCAUUUCCAGCACCACCUGCAGCAGCACCUGCAGCAGCAGCAGCAGCACCUGCAGCAGCAGCUCAGCCAGCAGCAGCUGCAGCAGCAGCUCCAGCAGCAGCUCCAGCUGCAGCAGCUGCAGCAGCACAUGCAGCACCCGCCUCAGCCCUCUCCUCGGCAGCCCUCCCCGGUCACCUCCCAGAUGACGUCCCCCAUCCCCGCCAUCGGGAGCCCGCAGCCAGCCUCUCAGCAGCACCAGUCACAGAUACAGUCUCAGCCACAGACUCCGGUGUUGUCCCAGGUCAGUAUUUUCUGA